AUGGGUAGCGUUGGAGCAAUCCCCACGGUCGAUAUCAGCGCCUGGCUUGACACUAACAGCACGGAGGAGAGCCGUCAAAAUGUAGUCGAUGCAAUGCGCGACGCAUGCACAAGCUACGGCUUCUUCAGUCUCCUUGGCCAUGGCGUGCCACCAGAAGCUCAGGAGCAAGCCCUUGCUUGCGCAAAACUAUUCUUCACUCUCUCAGAAGAAGAAAAGAUGGAUGUUUGCAUUGCAAAAUCAAAGGGAAAAUCUUUCCGAGGAUAUGAGCCACCAGGUAUUCAGACUCACCAAGAAGGUCUGCUACCUGAUACGAAGGAGUGUUUCAUUAUCGGCCACGAAGUCCCCGAGGACGACCCAGACUGCGGCACAUUUUCCACCGGCCCCAAUCUCUGGCCCAAAUCUCUUGCCGAAGAAGACUUCCGCAUCCCGAUAAUGGCGUACCAGGCUCGCAUGGUCGAACUUGUCAAGCUUCUAUUGAAGAUCCUCGCCCGCGGUCUGCCCGAGGAAUGGAACUGCCCUCCAGAUGUCCUGGACGCACUGGCGGAGAACAACCCAUCCAUCCCGAUGAGACUUCUCCACUAUGGGCCUCAGCCGAUAAGAGACGAGAGACAAUUUGGAGUUGGCGAUCAUACUGACUUUGGCUGCGUCACUAUACUACUCCAAGGCAUGGGUACAGAAGGCCUCGAGGUCUGGUACCCACCCACGGAAACGUGGAUCCCCGUUCCGCCCAAGGAACAUGCGUAUGUGAUCAACAUGGGUGAUAUGAUGCAAAAGUACACAGGCGGGUACUAUCGCAGCGCUCGGCACAGGGUUGUCACGUUUACUAGAAACCACAGAUACAGCGUUCCGUUUUUCUUGAAUGGCCAGUUGAAGCUUAAAUGUACCACGCUUGAUGGAUCGGGAUCCCAGACAAUUGUUGGAGAACAUAUUCGGGGAAGAUUGGUGGAGACGAUGGGGAAGGCUGGCGAGAAGCUAAAAUAG